AUGGACAACAUUAUGUUACGGCGCAAUUUUAAAUCAGUUUUUGCAAAUCACUAUGGUUAUCCUGGUCUUUCCUCAGUUCUUAAAGUCAUUGGUAUUUUUCGUCAUUAUGAUAGUUUUCGACAACACUUUACUUGUACGUUGAAAGAAGACGAAGAUUUGUAUGAUGCAUUAAAUCUAGAAAUAAGUAAAAUUUACAAUGGGGAAAUGGAUUCCUGCUGUAUAGCUCCAAGGGUAACACAUACAGAUAUUUAUGUUGCUAGAGUGAAUGAGUGCUGGAAACGCGUGCGUUUGGAUGAAAUAAAUUACACACGUAAUAAAUGUGUAAUUGAAGCAAUAGAUGAUGGACAAUUGUUUACAGUCGACCGAAAUGAUAUAUUUACAUUGCACCCUAAAUUACUGAGUAACCAGUUUAGGCGGCCUCUUUGUGUACGAUUUGUAUUACCACUUAAACGAAGUUCUCUGAGUAUUGCGGGUUUUAGCGAUGGUCAAGUACGCAGUGGACAGUUAGUGAAUAUUUUUGUUUUAUCAGAUCAAGAACCAUUUCUGGCACUUUUCACAGAAGGUUUGCGAAUCAAAGCAGAUAAGCUGACCGAUGAUCUCGAUCCCGGUAGUGCAAGACUUUGGUUAAUCAUUUUUAUAGCAAAGUUAUUAACAUAUGUGAUAAUCUUAAUUUCAACUCAUGUAGGGAAUUUGCAGCAACCAACACGGGCAACAACUUUGUCCUGUGAAUCAGUAAGAUGUCGUGGUGUGGCGUAUGGUUCUUAUACGACAGCCAAUUUGCCAUGUGACGUUUGGUGUGAUGUGACAGUUGUAGCGUUUGAAAGCUUGGAAGAAGUUAAGGAGCGAAGAAAAUUGCUUAAAAUUCUGAGAAUAUGUGAUGAAGAGCGUGCACUCCUCGACAAGCAAAAAAUCUAUGAUAAGCGAUUUUCAGAGCAAUCCAUCCGUCUAAUGUAUCUCGAGGAACUUCUUGAUUCAGUUUAUGGUAGUGAAGGGAUUCGGGUACGUCUGGCCUUUGAAACUGAACUGCACAUUACUGAAGGUCUCGCGUGUGUUACUUGGGAUGCACUCAAUGCGGUACUGAUUUACGCUUUAGUUGAUUCUAUAAGCAAUGCAGCGCGUUGGUUACGUGCACGCAUCACGUGUAUCAGUGGUGAUAGGUCAGUAGUUGACGUUACUGCAGUCGAUUAUCCAUCUGUUACAUUGCGUGGUGUGAACUUUCGAAAUGGGGAGAUUUAUAUGCUUCGAACAGAUCUGCUCUUUCCGCCAUUGUGUUGUUCAAUUCGAGCCAUCGAUACUAACGGCAAGCUAGGAUCCAUCGCACACUUCACCAUAGCAAAGGAAGUUCUGCAAAUCGGUGCUCAUGUGCGUGUCUUUUCGCCUUCUUCAUCAACCCUUUCAGUAAUUGAACUGGCAAGUGGCGUAAAACUUGAAGAGUAUAUUGAACACGCUGUUGAGGUCGAUUACGUCCGACGUUCAAGAUUUAACCAGAAUUAUGGUCUGGAAACUACAAAUGCUGUGGGUUCUCUACUUUUUGUGGUGUCAGUUUGCAGCCUGGAGACAGAGCGGCCGUGUUAUAGUAAAAACAGAGGCUUAUAUUCGGACAUGGUUUCCUUUUCUUCAAGUAUGGGCAGUUUUCCUCGUACAGUUCUUCCUCACGAACGACAUUUUGAGUCGUUUAGUCAGUCGUUAUCAUUAGGUUCACAACGUCGACCUUUACGUUGUGGAGUCAGUGUCCUGCAAUCACUGAAACGACGUUCUAUGGAUGCAUUUGCAAAACCGUGUGCAAGCCACCUGAAUCCAGUACCAUCGUCAUCCAUAACUCCUGCUCUAUCAUAUUCAUCAUCGCACUCUCAGUUUAAAAUGCCAAAUAUAUAUUUGCAUUCAUCUCAACGAAAGCUCGUUGAUAGUUCUCGAUUAUUCUUACCAGUGGAUAAACACAAACAGAAGCAAUCAGAUCUUCCUUGUGCAAGUUCGGAAAGUGAUUAUCUGAAUAAAACACUUAUGUCUUGUGAAUCUGAAAGUGACAAUGAGACAUUCGGCAGGUCAGUCAACCGAAAUCAGCUAAAAGAUUCGUCAUUAGCCACUGUUCGACCAUCACCACCUUUGUGUAAUUCGGAUUCUUACUCGGAGAAUUCUGAUCUAUUACGUCGUGAGGCAGAAAUCGAUCCAGAGACUAAAAAGCAGUAUGAAGCGCUCAGGAAGGAGCUUUCACGUUGUGGAAAUAGUAAUCUAUCGUUGGUGUCAGGAACAUGGUGUUGCGAAAAUGAGUACUACUUGUUUUGGUGUACUGACAACUGCUGCUGGAUGAGAGUGAAAAUUGUAGCUCGUGAAGAUGAUGACUGGAAGAUUCUCUGUGUGGAUACGGGUGAAGAAAAGUUCGUCAAGUACAAUUCGCUCUUCUUCCGUCUUCCAAAACAAUUCACUAUCAAUGAAUGGCCGCCGACGUGCAUAGGGCCUCUUCGUUUGUUGGGACGAAUGGAUGCACGAUGGCUAGGGAUCGGGGCGCGUGUUUUUCUGCGUAGCCUCUGUGAGUAUUCACGAUCCUUAACAGCCGUUUUUGGGAAAGGCGACAGUGAUCGAAGUGUAAUACUCUAUGAUGAAUUAGGGCGUUGUUUGAAUGAAAACUUUCUGAAAUUUAUCGAAAGUGAGGCGAACACUAUGCAAUAG